UGUCAACACGACAAUAGGGAAUAGUCAAACGUCAACUUGUCACAUUGUUUUGGUUAAAAAUACAUUUCAUUCUGACUAAAAUAACUCUUAUUUUUGAAGUACUAGAGACCAAAAUUUAUAAGAGGAAAUCGCAAUAAAUACGUAAGAUUAGAUCGUCAAAUCAAAUUUAAAAUAAUUUCGGGAGCACAUUUGUGGGGUAUAUAAGAUUGAAUAAAAUUUUUCCUUAUAUAAUUCCAAUCGAAAUAGAAUAUUAAAAAUGGAAGAGGUGGAAAAUGACAACGAGCACAAGAGACCCAAGGACCGUAGUCCCUCCCCUGGCAUCAAGUCUACAGCAGUGGUAAAAUAUACAGCAUACCAGUCACCAGUGGGAUAUGCUCGGCUGCAGUGCAAUACUGACCUCAACCUGCCCCCCUCCAACUGGGGGGCUGCCAUUGACUCUUAUGGACUUAAGCAGUUGACUAGGCAUACUGGGCUAUCCAGCUUCAGGAUGGCGCACAUGUUCCCCGAUUGUGUGGGAGAGGUGGACGUGAUAUCUGGAGCGGAAUGUAUCAAAAAACUCCUGAAAUUACCUUAUCAGCCUAAUGGAACAGUGAGCAUGAUGGUCCAUCGCGUGGAAAACACCCUCCUUUUAGAUGACUUCGACGUGUACGACUAUCUGAUGAAGUCUGAGUGGUCGUGGCUCAAGGAUUUCUUCUAUGAGAAUGUGCUCAAAACCAUGUCUGAGCAGGAGCGCAUGUCGCUGUCGCUGCCGCGCGCGCUGUCGCCGUCGCUGCAGCUGACGCACAAGUUCCUGUCGCACAGCGUGGCGCGGCCGCCCGCCGCCGCCACCGCGCAGCCCCCCGUCUGUAUACAGGGUCCAUUCCUCCCGGAACCAGAUACAAGACCAGAGGAACCACCGACCGAACAUCUCUACAACCGCAAUGUACUCUGGACGUUUGAAGAUAUCCACAUGCUGAUCGGAAGCGACCUUCCGAUCUUCGGUGAUGAGGACCGGCCGUGCGUCAGCCUGCGCCUGAGGGACGCCAGGGAACCCAUCAACGUCCUUACAGGGAUAGAUUACUGGCUCGACAACCUGAUGUGCAAUGUCCCGGAAGUCCUAAUGUGUUACCAUUUGGAUGGAAUAGUCCAGAAAUAUGAGCCGAUGAAGACCGAAGACUUGCCAAACAUGGAGAACUCCAAAUUCUCUCCUAAAGUCAUCAGGAAUGUUGCUCAAAAUAUUUUGUCGUUCCUGAAGUCUAAUGCGACGAAGGCUGGUCACACUUACUGGCUGUUCAAGGGUCCUCAUGAUGAUGUGGUGAAGCUGUAUGACCUGACCUCGUUGUGCCCUGACAAUUUGGACAAUCCAUUCACGACGCCUGUUGCCAUGUUGUUGUAUAGGGUCGCCAGGAAUAUGAGGAUAACGUCCCGCACCCGACACGUGCGCCAACUUUUGGAGCACGUGGUGGAACUCCUGAAGGUGGAGCGGUACCCUCAGAUCGUGGCGUCCUCGCAUUACAUGCUGGCAGACCUCUACGUACCGGCCACCACCAACCCCGCUUGCCCUGACUUUAAAGAUGAAAGCUCGGAUUCUGAUAAUGAAGACGCGGACUUUUUAAACGGAGACUUCUUACGGGAGGAUGUAACGUGCGAGCCAGACGGCAAUAGAUUCCAGGACACUACUGUAGACGACUCUACACAAAAAGUAGAUGAGAAAAAAGUGACAGAGAAAGAAAGUACUGAAGUAGUGAAAAAGGACAAUGCUGAAGGAGUAACCGAGGAGGAAGAUAAUGAGGGCCGCGAGGAAGACAAGAUUGACAAGGACAGCGAUAAUGCAUUGGCACUUCAGAUCAGAGGUCUUACGUUAAGGGAUAUUGGAGAUCGCGUGCGAGGACCUAUAGGGGAACCGAAACGCAAACACCCGUCCACUAACGGCUUCGGUUCGUCGCCACCAGACCGUUGUGGCCGCGCACUAUCCCAUGCUCUGAAGGGCUUGCUGGCCCUCCACAACCUUACUUUGGACAAAUGUCACGACCAAGAACGUGAAAGGCUCAAACGGCAGAUAAUAAUCGAAGAACAACAUCCCAAGAUGGCGAAUCCUUACGAACCAAUCAAAAUGGAAUACGAACCGAUAGGCAAGAAAGAGCCGAAGGAACACGCCUCGCGCAGCAGAAAGAAAAAGAAGGAGAAGAAAAGCGAAAAGUCUGGAAACUGCUUAGUUGAGACAAAGGCUAUAGAUAAGAACGCAAUAUUGGUAAGAAAAGACAAGAAGAUGUUUCCGUCGUGGCAUGAGCCGAGCAGAGACGAUAAUUUGGCCUGGAAGCUGCAUUUGAAGACUCUUUUGUAUGAGAAGAUUUGCCUAGCGUACGCUACGCUAGCAGAAUACAGUUACGCCAACGAACAGUAUGGUUUCUCGCUCAAGUAUAUAGAUAUAGCCAGCAAGUGCCAGAAACUGCUGAGCAACAUGAUUAUAAAGAGCAAGGUGGUGGACGCGGGUUGUCUGAUCGGGCGCGUGGGUGACAACUACUUCCAGCUGAGCAAGCACUGGCACAGGCUCGAGCAGUUCAAGAAGCAGUUCGAGACUGACCACGAGAUCGACAGCAAGAUAAGAUUGGAGAUAGAGAAUGACAUGGCGGAGGAGGUGGACGAAAUCAGCGGUGAUGAGUUCGACCUCGAUAUAUCGUUGCCGAACAGCGAGGAGUGUUCGAUGCAGUGGUCGUGUGCCCAUUACCGGCGCGCCGCGCGCUUGGCCGGGGACAAGCGCUCCGAGCUGCUGCGCCGCCUCGCCUCCGUACUCAACGAGCUCGCCGUGAGACACAUGAACGACGCGCAGCAAAUCUACACGAAGUAUUCGGAGGAGCCCGACCCGGACGACGCCAAGGCUAAACUGCUCCUGAAGCAGUUCACCACGAUGUCGAAUCGCUCGCUGGAGUGCUUGGACGAGGCCACGGAGACCUUCCAGCAAGUCAACGACAUACCGAAUCUGGCGCUGCUCUAUUGCAAUAAGGGACGCUACUUGAGGUUUAAGGCGCAUUGUGACAAUGGCGGGUUUAGCUUGGAGAAGCGUCGGCUGUACAAGCAGGCGGAAGAGCUGUACUCGGCGGCGCUGCGGCUGCUGGGCGCGAGGGGGUCGGGGGGUCCGGGGGGUCCGGGGGGCGCGGGGGGCUCGGGGGGCGCGGCGCACGUGUGGGAGCUGGUGGCGUGGGAGCUGUCGUGCCACCUGUACACGCGCGCCGUGCUGCUGCAGGACGAGCCGCACACACACAACGCGCCGGAGGCAACAGAGGUAGCGGAUGCGUUGAAACACGCUCUGAAGUACUGCCUCCUAAGUCCGGGUCCGAGGCAGUACUUGUACCAGUUCCGAGCGGCCAUGAUAUACCACCGACUCGGAUCCCUUUACCACUCACAAUACAGGAUAACGCAGGAGGAGGGCCCCAAGCGACGUACGCUGCUGAACGCGACGCGCAGCAACUACACGCAGGCCGCCAACAUGUUCGCGCUGCUCGAGGACGCCGCCAUGUUCCUCACCGUGCAGUGCGAACACGUCGCCGUGCUGGAGACGCAGGCCGCAGUAUCACCAAACUUGAAGCUGAAGUCGUUACAAACCGCCAUACAGUUACUCCGCCAGUGCCAUUCAGUAAUGAAACUACUGAGAGACAAAGAGCCAGAGGACAAUCAGAAAGAUUCCAAACCGGAGGACGGCGACGACAAAAGCAUGAAAAACGAGUAUAAUUUGCUCUCAUUGUAUGAGAACAGACUACACUAUAUAUUAAAGAGCGUGAUACAGUACUGCAGAACUAAAUCCAACAAGGAUUACGAGAAAAUGGCGGAUAUGUACAAGAAAUUGUAUUGUGCUAGCUUGAAGAUCAAAAGAGAUGAUGACUUGAAAGCAUACGCUUCGAGUAUUUGUGAUGUGUUGGACGCUAUGAAUGAGAUAUGUAAUGAAUUUGAAUAAAUUUGCCGUCAAAAGGUGUUAGGGUAUAUAUACCUGUCAGGAUAGCGAACGCCAUAGACAAUCUGGCCUACGUAUGUCGCGUUCAUCAAUCAUUAAUUUAGUAACGCGGAGUAAAAAAACUCUGAUUAUAUUAUAUAGUGACGUGCGGUCGACCACUCGGACUGUUUGUUACUAUAAAUACCUAAAUAAUGGUUUAUUUCUUUCCGCCAGCAGUAAUGUUAGUAACGUAAGAUCUUUUCUCGAAAGACUGAUGUAAGUUAUAAUUGUAAAUAAAUAUUAUGUUUAAUGAA